GCCCUCCCUCGAAAAGAAAGCAAAGGGGGAAGAGUCCCUCAGUGAGCCGCAGGUGUUCAGGCUGAGGCCGGGAGUGGCUGACACUCCAAGCCGGCCCCACCUGCAGCCCCCAAACCCUUACAGGCAAGGUCACCAAACGCCACUUCUACUCAAACGUGGGCAGCCUCCGAGGCCCCAGCACCCUGCCUCCUUCCCCACCCUCUGCAGAGCCGCCGCAGCCAUGGCGGGGAUGAAGACGGCCACCGGGGACUACAUCGACUCGUCCUGGGAGCUGCGGGUGUUUGUGGGAGAGGAGGACCCCGAGGCCGAGUCCGUCACCCUGCGGGUCACGGGAGAGUCGCACAUCGGUGGGGUGCUCCUGAAGAUCGUGGAGGAGAUCAAGCGCAAGCAGGACUGGUCAGACCAUGCUAUUUGGUGGGAGCAGAAAAAGCAGUGGCUUCUGCAGACACACUGGACGCUGGACAAGUAUGGCAUCCUGGCCGAUGCCCGCCUCUUCUUCGGGCCCCAGCACCGGCCCAUCAUCCUGCGGCUGCCGAACCGCCGGGCCCUGCGCCUGCGAGCCAGCUUCUCCCAGCCCCUCUUCCAGGCCGUGGCUGCCAUCUGCCGCCUCCUCAGUAUCCGGCACCCCGAGGAGCUAUCUCUGCUCCGGGCUCCUGAGAAGAAGGAGAAGAAGAAGAAGGACAAGGAGCCGGAAGAGGAGUUGUAUGACUUGACCAAGGUCGUCCUGGCUGGGGGCGUGGCACCUGCCUUGUUCCGGGGGAUGCCAGCCCACUUCUCGGACAGCGCCCAGACGGAAGCCUGCUACCACAUGCUGAGCCGGCCACAGCCGCCGCCCGACCCCGCCUUGCUCCAGCGCCUGCCUCGGCCCAGCUCCCUGUUGGACAAGACCCAGCUCCACAGCAGGUGGCUGGACUCGUCGAGGUGCCUCAUGCAGCAGGGGAUCACAGCUGGGGACAUGCUCUGGCUGCGCUUUAAGUACUACAGCUUCUUCGACCUGGAUCCCAAGACAGAUCCGGUGCGGCUGACCCAGCUGUACGAGCAGGCUCGGUGGGAUGUGCUGCUGGAGGAGACCGACUGCACUGAGGAGGAAAUGAUGGUGUUCGCAGCCCUGCAGUACCACAUCAACAAGCUGUCCCAGAGCGGGGAGGUGGGAGAACCGACUGGCACAGACCCGGGGCUGGACGACCUGGACGCGGCCCUGAACAACCUGGAGGUGAAGCUGGAAGGGUCGGCAGCCACAGAUGUGCUGGACAACCUUACCACCAUCCCCGAGCUCAAGGACUAUCUCCGGAUCUUCCGGCCCCGGAAGCUGACCCUAAAGGGGUACCGCCAGCACUGGGUCGUGUUCAAGGAGACCACCCUGUCCUACUACAAGAGCCAGGAUGAGGCCCCGGGGGACCCCAUCCAGCAGCUCAACCUCAAGGGCUGCGAGGUGGUCCCUGACGUCAACAUCUCAGGCCAGAAGUUCUGCAUCAAACUCCUCGUCCCCUCCCCUGAGGGCAUGAGUGAGGUCUACCUGCGGUGCCAGGAUGAGAAGCAGUACGCCCACUGGAUGGCCGGCUGCCGACUGGCGUCCAAGGGCCGCACCAUGGCGGACAGCAGCUACCCCAGUGAAGUGCAGGCCAUCCUGGCCUUCCUCAGCCUGCAGCGGACGGGCGGCGGGGGCUCAGGCGGCCGGGGCUCGGGCGGCCACCCGCAGGGCCCUGACGCCGCUGCUGAGGGCCUCAACCCCUACGGCCUUGUCGCCCCCCGCUUCCAGCGAAAGUUCAAGGCCAAGCAGCUCACCCCACGGAUCCUGGAAGCCCACCAGAACGUGGCACAGCUUUCACUGUCCGAGGCCCAGCUGCGUUUCAUCCAGGCCUGGCAGUCCCUGCCUGACUUCGGCAUCUCCUACAUCGUGGUCAGGUUCAAGGGCAGCAGGAAGGAUGAGAUCCUGGGCAUCGCCAACAACAGACUGAUCCGCAUUGACUUGGCCGUGGGCGACGUCGUCAAGACCUGGCGCUUCAGCAACAUGCGCCAGUGGAAUGUCAACUGGGACAUCCGGCAGGUGGCCAUCGAGUUUGAUGAGCACAUCAAUGUGGCCUUCAGCUGCGUAUCAGCCAGCUGCCGAAUCGUGCACGAAUACAUCGGGGGCUACAUUUUCCUGUCCACGCGGGAACGGGCCCGCGGGGAAGAGCUGGACGAGGACCUCUUCUUACAGCUCACGGGAGGCCAUGAGGCCUUCUGAGGUCUGUCUUAUCGCCCCCACUUUGCUCACUACCUGCUCUGGCCACGCCUAAGCCCACACCCUCUCCAGACAUGCCCCGAGCUGGGCACAUUCACCUGCUGUCACUGGCUUCGCGCAGACAGGGACCUAACCGGGCCAGACUCUGCCAUCCCCCAGGCUAAGAAGGGUGGGUUAUGAGCUCACACAAUGCUCACCUUUCCCUUGUCCGAGUGGCCGGGACCAGUACCGCUGACCCAGCUGGGCUCUCCGAACACAUGAGGAAGACUGGCUGUAGCUACAGGGUGAUGAUAAUUCAUGGUUUCAAACGGGAGCUUUUUUUUUUUUUUAAUCUUUUUACAUUUUAAAAAAAAUAAAUAUUUUAUUGUUGGGUCA